CUCUCUCCCUCUCUCUCCCUCUCUCCCUCCUCUCUGUCUCCUCUUUCUCCUCUCUCUCUCCUCCCCCUCCCUCUCGAUAAGCUCAAUGGGGCUGUCUAUUUUUAACUUCCUGUUCUUUGCUUUUGGCCGGGUAAUCAGUGUGAGCAGAGAGCUUUCCCCGAAUGAGUCCUGAUAGCCCUGUGGAUGCCUCCUGACAUGACCAACAGACACACAUCUCUACCAAGGCUGCCCCAGGUUUAAAUCCUCCUGCUAACGUGCCAUGUCCUGCAAAGAAAGUCCCCAUGUGGGUGUUUCCACCACCACCGUCAGUUCUGUAGCUGUGCAAGCUGGGAACUCCAAAAUCGUGAUAGCCGUUGUCAAGUGUGGCAAAUGGGUACAACUCCAACUGGCUGAAUCACAGCCCAAUCUUCUGGAAAUCGGGAGCAGUCAAGAUGAAACCAAAAGACUGCUUCAUGAUCAUGAGCUUCUCCUGGCCAAGCUUAAGGCCUUGGAAGAUCGUGUGUGGGAACUCUUACAGGAAGCAGACAGGACAGCGGAAGCUAACAAGACUCAAGGUCAGGUGUACGACGCCAUGGCCCAGACUCUGGGUGAAGCGUGGGCAACCCUGGUCUCCAUGCUUGAAAAGAGAAGGGAGCUACUCGGGCUGACUUCUGAGUUUUUUGAAAGUGCUUUGGAGUUCGCUAUAAAAAUAGACCAAGCUGAAGCUUUUCUACAGAACCCUCAUGAAUUUGAGAGCGCGGAGGCCUUACAGUCACUUCUUCUGCUUCAUGACCGUCAUGCCAAAGAACUCUUAGAAAGAUCUCUAGUUCUUUUAAACAAAAGUCAACAACUCAUUGACUUCAUAGAAAAAUUCAAGUGUGAUGGAUCCAAUGUGAAUUCUGAGCUGAUUCAAGGAGCUCAAAGUAGCUGUCUGAAGAUUGACAGCCUUCUUGAGCUUCUACAAGACAGGAGAAGGCAGUUGGACAAGUACUUGCAGCAACAGCGGCAGGAACUGGCUCAGGUUCUACAGCUAUGUCGGUGGGACCAGCAAGAAAACAAGGUCACUUGUUGGUUUCAAAAAACGAUAAGAGAUCUGCAGGAACAGAGUCUGGGUUCGUCACUUUCAGACAACAAGGAACUAAUCCAUAAGCAUGAGGACCUGGUAGUCAGAGCUAAGGAAUGGAAUUCCACCAUAGAGAAGCUGAAGAGCCAAGCUCUGGAGAUUCUACUGUCUAAGGACUUCACAGAAAAGGAACAUCUUCAACUCUCUAACCAGAAACUGAAUCGGCUCCAAGAAGAGUUUGGUAGACUCAUGGUGGAAAGAAAAACCUGGUUAAUGAUGGCAAAUGACUUUUUUAACAGUGCUAAUGAGGCAUUUGAUGUACUUGGAAAAGCUGAAGCUUACCUUAAGCUCCUUAAAUCAGAGGGUUUAAGCCUGCCUGUCUUGGCAGCAAGGCAUGAGGAAUUACACAGAGAAAUUAAAGAUGCCACAGCCGAUGCUCUGCAAAAGGGAGGGUCCUUAAUCAGCCAAGUCGACUCCUGCAGCUCUCAGGUGACAGGUAUCCAUGAGAUGAUGGAAUGCAUUCAGAAACGAGUGGAUCAUCUCAGCAAACAGUGUACAGCACACAAGGAAUUUGCUCUUAAGAAACAGCAAUUAGCAGCAUCCAUGGAAGGCUCCCUAAGGAAGGUGGAAAUGUCAAUUCAGGAAAUCAGGCCAGUUCUUUCUAACAUAUUGGAUGUUGGUUCCAGUCCUUCUGAGUUGGAGAAGAUAUUGAAUAAAUAUCUGGAAUUAGAUAUUCAAGCCAAGGAGACAGCACACAUAUUAGAAGCAGCAGCAAAAAUCAUGACAGAGAAAAAUGAACUUGAACUCAGCGAAGUGGCAUUGCUUUCUUUUAAAGCAAAAUGGCUAGAAGAAGAAUUAAAUACACUUGGUCGAAUCAUCAACUACAGGUCACAAGUCCUGCAAACUUAUGUGGCAUUUCGAAAGUCAUCAGAAGAGGUGGAGGAGCAGCUUCGGAGACUAAAGGAAUUUUAUCUGAUGGAAAUCCCUCAGAAAGAUGAAGACGACACUGAUGUCAAGUACUGGUCUAACUCUGCUGAAAGGCAAUGGCAGCUGUUUGUAAAGAAGAGUUUUUUGACCCAAGACUUAGGACUUGAAUUUCUUAACUUAAUAAAUAUGGCAAAAGAGAAUGAAAUAUUAAAUGUUAAAAAUGAGAUGCACAAUAUGAAGAACAUUAUGGAAAAGCAAACAACUGGAAGGGAAGAACUCAGCCGUCUUCGAAUGGCAUGGUACCUCAAAGCCACCGAAGGGAAGCCUGUGAGACAGCAAUGGGAAGCAUUCAAAGAGAAACUUAAAAAGACUACCCACAAUGUAAAACUUCUCCACGAAGUUCUUAUGCCUGUCUCUGCACUUGACCUUGGAGGGAACCUCCAGACUAUGUCAGAUCUGCGAAGAAGGUGGAAUGCCAUGAAGCCUCAGCUUCAGCACCUGCAUGAUGAGGUUCAGUGUAUCAUGAAAGAAUGGGAAGUGUUAGGUGGUCAGGGAGCCCCUUUGAAGGAGAAGUCUGAACAACUGAAGGACCUAAUCCAUCUCCAUGAGAGGCAGAGAGAGCGAAUCCAGGAUUAUGAGGAGCUCCUGUACAAGACGGUCCAGUUCCAUCAAGUCAAGGAGGAACUGAUGCAUUUCACCAAAUCAAGAGAACUGGAGCUUCUCACGCAGCCCAUGGAACUGGGAGGUCUUGAGGAGGUCCAGAGGCAACUGAGCCGUUCUCAGGAAAGGCAGGCUCACGUGGAGCAUCUCCAUCAGCUGGCGCUUUCCUUAGGAGUGGACAUCAUUUCAUCUGUUCAACGGCCUAACUGCUCCAAUAUUUCUGCAAAGAACCUACAGCAGCAGCUGGAAGUCCUUGAAUUGGAGAGCAGGAACUGGAGUGCCAACGCCAAAGAACGUGAACGGGUCCUGUCCUGCAACCUGGAGUACUGCAGCACACGAGAUGAGAUCAAUGAGCUCAAAGAGUCAUUCAAAGAUAUAAAAAAGAAAUUCAACAAUCUGAAGUUUAAUUACUCCAAGAAAAAUGAAAAAUCUCGAAACCUAAAGACUCUUCAAUAUCAAAUCCAACAAGUUGAUAUGUAUGCUGAAAAAAUUCAGGCUUUAAGGAAGAAAAUGGAAAAAGUUAAUAGUAAAACUUCUGAUUCAUUCUUAAGUUAUCCAAGUAACAAAGUUAACAUCCUUUUGGAAGCCAUGGAGGAUUUGCAAAAGCAUGUGAAUGACUUUGACAAAGUUGUGACAGACUACAAGAUGAAUUUGGACCUGACUGAACAUCUCCAGGAAGUAAUAGAAGAGUGUAACUUUUGGUAUGAGGAUGCAAGUGCCACAGUUGUAAGAGUUGGGAAGUAUUCCAUGGAGUGCCAAACAAAGGAAGCUGUGGAAAUCCUCCACAGGCAGUUCAACAAGUUUAUCACUCCUUCAGUGCCUCAGCAAGAAGAAAGGAUUCAGGAGGUCAUCGACCUUGCUCAGCGCUUAUAUGGUUUAGAAGAAGGGAAGAAAUAUACUGAGAAGACUGUCACAAGACACAAGGAGAUUCUUGAAUCUAUUACUGAAUUAUGUGGGUCUCUCAUGGAGCUUAAAGAAAAACUGAAGCAGGGAGAUGUUCCAAAGAUGAACCCAGAAUUGGAAGCUUUCCAUGAUAAUUGCAUUGACCUACUAAAGGAACCAAUGAGGAGUGAGCAGACACCUUUCAACGAAAAAAGUGAGGGAACAGAUACCUUGGGCAUCAAUGGAACACAGGAAGAUGAACUUCCCGAAGACUUGAGGCAGUCCUCUCCUGACAAAGAGGGCAGUGCCCAGCGUCUGACCCUACUGGAAGACAUGCUGUCUGGAGAAGAAUCCGAGUGUAUCUCAUCUGAUGACAUCUCCUUGCCUCCACUGCCAAGGAGCCCCGAGUCCCCUCUGGCACCAUCCACCAUGGAGGUAGAAGAACUUGCCAGCUCUUCAGCCAUGGUCCUCCACAUCAGUGGCUACGGGACACACACAGGGACUGGUGCUCUAGGCAAGCCCCAGGAAUCUCUUCUUCCACCACCCACUGCUUUUGCUGAUGGGUGCCAUAGUAAGAAAGACACAUUUACAAGUCACUUUGAGAGGCCCUACACACAAUUCCAAGCUGACUCCUCAUUAACCCCUGAAGGAUCAGUAGAGAUGAGUUCCAAAUUACACACCAGUGUGAAAUGUCCUACAAGCAUGCCUCAUGAAGUGCACGACAGAGCUUUACAGCAAGGCUCCCAGGCUCAGGAGAGCUCGCUAGAAACCCAGGAGAAAGUGCAUGCUGAUUCUAAUGUCACUAAAACCCAAGACAGGCUGCAUGACUCCCCUGAUGUAUUCCUUGGCCUGGGCUCUCAGUCAGACACCAGCAGGAGGCAUGCGGGUCCCCAAGGAGACAGGAAAGUCUCAUCUGCAGAGAACAGUGUGGUCAGCCUAGCUGGCCAGGCGCCUCAUUUCUCCAGGCUGCUGUCCAAUGUAACUGUCACGGAAGGUUCCCCAGUGACUUUGGAAGUCGAAGUAACAGGAUUCCCAGAGCCUACACUGACAUGGUUCAAGAAGGGCCAGAAAUUGUGUGCAGAUGGACACUUGCAGGUUUUGCACAAGGACACAAAGCAUUCGGUGUUCAUUCCGAAGGUAUGUGAGGCAGACGCUGGCCUCUAUAUGGCUCAAGCCCAAAACUCUAGUGGCACCCUGUCUUCCAAAGCCAUCCUCCAUGUGACAAGCAACCUGGAGCCACCAAUCACAAGGAUAAACUGGGUUGUGCUGUGUGUCAUCUAUGUCUGUGUGUCACUAGUGUACUGGCUACUUGCACAGCAGUGAGGUGUUGGCAUCAACGGACACCUUUAUGAGCCUAAAGGACAUUAUGGUUGCUUAUUUUCUCCACAUCACACAAAGCAUCCCCCACCAAUUUAUCUCCAGUCUGGACACCUUGUUUGUUGACUAAUAUCACUGCUAGGUGAAAUAAUUGCAUUUUCUCUAUUGUUUAAUGUAUUUGGGGAACACUGAAAAUUAUGUCCAGUGUAUAAUAAUAGAUUUUGUACUCCAGGAAGAGAAAUAUUCCAUGUAAUAGGCUGAUUCCUUGUUUAAAGACAUGUGAGUGCUCACAUCAGCAUAGAUAUGCGAUCUAAUUUUCAAAUCUAAAUGUUCGAUAAUUUCUUUUUAACUGUGUUCAUAAAUAUGUCUUUGUAGGGAGUUACAUCAAACUGAAGUUGUGAUUUUCAAUACUGCAUUAGCUCUCCUUUAAUCGUGCUUCUCAUGUCUUGGUCUUGUUUACCGAAAUACAUUCAAUGUUGUGUCAACACACUCAACAUUCCUGAGUCUGCGGAAGUCACUACCAUUCCCUCUGUUGCUCUCUUGGGCUUGAUGUUGGAGACCACACAUGCCCAUCAGUGUUAAAAUGGAGUUUCAACCUUUCUAUUAGCUCUGUAUGCCAUUGGGUCGAGAUUGAUCACAGGCUACAGGAGGGGACCAAGGGUCUCCUUGUCCUUCCACUGCUCUGCAUUAGCCCUUGUGUGCAUAACUGUAGUCGGUUCCUCCUGCCUCUGCUGCUGCUGCUGCUGCUGCUGCUGAACACUUGUGUAGCCAACUGCAAGGCAUCUCAGUGCCUCACUUUCCCGUGUGGAAAGGGAGCUCAUCUACCUCUUGACAACUGAGUCUUUAUUUCAUGUCCUGUGGUGAUCUGGCCUGUGGAAAAGUGUUCAAUGAAGACUCAUUAUAAUGCUUGGUGUGAUUUGCCAUCUUGCUGCUCAUUGCCCAUUAAUCCCCUGUCAAUGCUGAUCUUUUGGAAUAUUAAAUGAAAAGAGCACUGUUAAUAUGUAAUUCCCAACUACUCCCUUGGGGGAGGGUGAGACUGAUGUUCUAUGAAUUAGAGUUUAAAUUCCUUUCUAACCUCUUACAUCUACAUCCUUUUCAAAGACUUGAUGUUAACUUCAGGAGGAUAUCAUUAAGACAUUUUAGGGGACUCUGGGUAAGACAGAAGAAGACUAAUCUAGCCUUCUUGUGCAAUUAUCACUGUAAUGUUGAAGAAUGUUAUAUGGCUUUUGGAAAUGCAUUAUUCAGAAUGGAAGAUCAUCUUUUUUGCUUCCUUUGAAAAGGAAGUGAGGCAUUUGUUUUUAUAUUUUAAACUGUGUCUGUCUUGCUAAGGUAAAAUCUUAAAUUGAAAGAGUAAUUUAUUACAGAUUUUUUGAUGAUGGGGAGAAGUUAAAUACCUUGCUAGAAGACUGUCUACAAAUAAUCAAAAUAUUUAAAUAUAAUAUAAUCAAUGUUGUAUUAAAAAAGCUACUGAAUGUUGUGGAAGAUGAGAAAUGUCAAGUAAAAAGCUGGCCUAUUUUUGUGUGUUGCAUAUUCAGUUUAAUUAAAAAAUUAAAACU